ACAAAUACUUUCUUAAAAAAACUAGGUUCUCCUAAGAGAAUUAAUGAAAGAUGUGAUAGCUAGAUGGGCAUAUUCAAUGUGGAUUUGAAGGAGAGAAAGAUUUUCCCGACAGACAGGAAGCUCGCAGGGUGGAGAUCGUCGAAGACAACAGAGGCAGCGACAUCAGACAGCGGCAGCAUUAGGCCUAGGAGGUUGUCGGUUGAUGGGAGGAUCGAUGCGAGUAAUGCCGAGUGCAUGGUAGAUAGAGAGUUUGCCAGGGCACGAUUGUCGGACGUCGGUGGUGCUUCCACUAGCACGUCAUUCACCUCUGAUGACUCGUUCAUGAUGCACCAUAACGACCCGGGCUUCCUCAGGGGAAGCCCUAUUCGGAUCCCCAAGGUUGUCAAAAAGCAAGGAGACACCAUUUGUAAGGGCCACAAGAAUUAUGAGCUCAUGCUUAAUUUGCAGCUAGGGGUCAGGCAUGCGGUGGGAAGGCCUGGCCCGGCACCGUCUCUAGAUCUGAAGCCAUCGGCUUUUGAUCCGAGAGAAAAGUACUGGACGAGGUUUCCCCCGGAGGGAAGCAAAAGCACGCCGCCUCAUCCAUCAUGCGAUUUUAGAUGGAAGGAUUACUGCCCCAAGGUUUUCAGGGCAUUGAGGAUGUUAUUCAAGGUGGAUGCUGCAGACUACAUGCUCUCAAUAUGCGGGAACGAUGCCCUCAGAGAGCUAUGUUCCCCGGGGAAAAGUGGAAGCUUUUUUUACUUGACGAACGACGAUCGUUACAUGAUCAAGACCAUGAAGAAGGCCGAAGUAAAGGUGCUUUUGAGGAUGCUAAAUGCAUAUUUCAAUCACGUGCGCUCAUUCGAGAACACGCUCGUGACCAAAUACUUCGGAUUACAUUGUGUUAAGCUAAGUGGAACUGCCCAAAAGAAGGUGCGGUUCAUCAUCAUGGGAAAUCUGUUCUGCACAGAAUAUACGAUACACAAACGGUUUGACUUGAAAGGGUCAACUUUCGGGCGGUUGACGGAUAAGCCCGAAUCCGAGAUCGAUGCCACCACCACUCUCAAAGACCUUGAUCUCAACUUUGUAUUUAGAUUGCAGAAAUCAUGGUUUCAAGAAUUUCGCAGGCAAGUGGAUAGGGAUUGUGAGUUGUUGGAGCAGGAGAGAAUAAUGGACUAUAGCCUCCUUGUUGGUCUUCAUUUUAGAGAAGCAACUACUCCCGGAGACCAAACCCCAACCGACUGCAUGACACCAACGGAUAAUGAAGGAGGCUCGGAAACUGAAUCUGUUGCUCGUCUAUCUCGAGCCGAGAUGGACCAAUUGCUCGUGGACCCAGCGGGGUGGUCAAGUAUAAGCUUGGGAAUAAACAUGCCGGCGAGGGUGGAGAGGACGGAGAGGAGAAGCGAUGCAGCGGAGGUGCAGCUGGUGGGGGAGCCGACGGGGGAGUACUACGACGUCGUUCUCUUCUUCGGGAUCAUAGACAUUCUCCAGGACUAUGACAUUACCAAGAAGCUGGAGCAUGCUUACAAGUCCAUACAGUACGAUGCCAACUCCAUCUCCGCCGUCGAUCCCAAGGCCUAUUCCCGCCGCUUCCGUGACUAUAUCUUCAAAGUCUUUGCUGAAGACUGAUUUUUAAUUACAGUAAUUCGCUUCCUGCAUGGGUUUCUUAUUAGCUUUCUCCCUCCCUCCCUCGAGUUUUUCAUAAUGGUCACUAAUCAUUUUAUUAUUUACUUACAUGCCACUAUAUAUAGUUUCACCCCAUGUAUUUCACAAAAUACGUAGUACUACCUCCGUCCCAUUUUAUAACGUCUGUUUCGGUUUACGAUGUUUGACUGAAAUU